AUGUCGACCCGUCGCAGUGGACUCCGCUCGCGCAGAGACGCCCAGCAGCAGUCUGACCCAGACACGCCAGAUACCACGCCCUCGCGCAAGCGCAGGCGGGUGAGCAGCCCAACCGCAACCACCGUUGCCGCCGACUUGUACUCACUCGCACAGUUGAACGGAUCAGCCCAGGAACCUACCUCGGCCUCAGCCUCCGCAUCAGCGUCGGCCCAAGUCGACGCUCCCCGUACCCGCAUCACCGAGUCGGUUGCCAGUAACGACUCCAACACGACGCUGCCCAACGGCGGCGAUGCCGACAACCCCAUGGAUCCCAUUGAGCGCCAAAAUGUCCUGAUUGCCGCCCUACGUGUGCCCGCCUACAUUCCCCAUGCUGCCAUCGACUAUGCCAACGACCUUCAGUCACAGCGCAACGAGGGCAAGAACAUCACCGCCUUCGCCAAGAUCGCUGCUCGCGACUGGUGCUUCUUUGUCCAGGAAACCCAGGUCCGUAUUGGUCGCGCAGACAACAACAGCCGCGCCAACCCCCACAGCUCCCAGCCCAACAUCGCUGGCAUGCCCGCGAGCGAUGCGGACCGCCAGGACUGGGGCGUACACAUCGACCUUGGCCCAGAGCGCCAAAUCUCCCGUGUCCAUGCCGAGAUCAACUUUGAGCCGACCGACCAGAAGUGGUACAUCAACGUCAACAGCCGCAAUGGACUCAAGCUCGACGACCGCCAUCUGACGCGGGGAGAGAAGGCGCCCCUGCACUCGGGCAUCUGCAUCAGCAUCAUGAGUACCCAAAUGCUAUUUCUGCUCGCUAACACUGAAGACCACUUCCACCCCAUGCUCUGGCGCCAGGUGAAGAACGAGGAUGCAGCUGAAUCCGACAACGACGGAAACCCACCACCAAAGCCACAUCAGCAUGCGCACCCGGGCGGGCCGACACCCAAGCGGGAGUACUACCCCUUCCCACCAUCUUCCCACCCUCGCCAUAAACACGAAUCUUCACAGGCGUCCUACAAUCAGAUGACGUCUACACCGGGUCACCAGCCAGGCACGCCUAUGACCUUUCGCGCCGACAACAACCCCCGUAGCAAAGGCUCGCCCGCUAAUUUCCCCCGCGCCAUCGUACUAGAAAGUGGAGACGAUAUCGACUACACUCUGGACUCUUCCAAAGACAUCAAGCCACCCCACAGUUAUGCCCAGCUCAUCGGCCAAGCUAUCCUUAGUAGCGAGGAGGAGAUGCUUACACUUGCUCAUAUAUACGACUACAUCAAAGUGCGCUAUGCCUACUUUAGAUACACCACCAGCGGUUGGCAAAACAGCAUCCGACACAAUCUGUCCUUGAACAAAUCGUUUGAAAAGGUCGCGCGCCGCACAGACGAGCCUGGAAAGGGCAUGAAGUGGAAGAUUGCGGACAGCGAAAGAGAGGAGUUCAUCAGGAAGCAGCUACUCAACCCUCGCAAUAAGGGUAGUGGCUUGGGGUACCGGAUUGAUGGAUCGGGGCCUAGUUCGCCUGCACUUGGAAAUCCGUCCCAGGCUACAGAGCGUCUCGUCGGAGCCCUGGAUCGCGACCAUGGCUCCAGCCAAUACCCUCCUCGUAUCAAGUCGCCCCCACGAUCUGCCACGCCGCCUCUAUCUUCUUUCCCCAUGGCCACUGAGUCGUACACUCCGGAUCGUGGUCCACGCCCAUAUGGCGGCAUCAAGCAGUCACCAACCAUCCGCGAUCAGGAUCGCUUCGUAACGCCUGCUAAACGACUCAUGUACGAGAGCACCGAAGGCCCAGGACCUACUUACAUCAAGAAUGACGAUAGCAGACCACAAUUGGAGUCGUCACCUGGUGUGGAUCCCGUCAAGCAGAGUGUCCCCGGCAUGAAAACAGAUGUAGGCAACUCUCCACCAACCCUCUACUCGGAUGCUGCGUCGAACAACAUCAACGGCAACUACGAGCCAGGCCGUAUGAACAACGCUCUUGUUACGCCACUUGUCACACGUCACGCACCUCUACUCGCGCCUCCUAGUACAGCACAGAUGCCCAGCCAAUAUAUGGCCUUCUCCAGUCCAGCACCAUUCUGGAAAUUUGUCGAUUUGGGCAGCACACCUGGCAAGGGACAUCUUGAACUUAGCCCCAUCAAGCUUCAACGUCCAGAUUUCAAGGAUAGUGGUGAAGAGGAGGAUAACCAUCCUAGUUCACCUCCUAUGCUGCACGGCAACAGUGCCGAGCCCGAAGAGGAUAAGGAGCAAGAUGGCGACGACAAGGGUGACGAGGAUGAGGAGGCGGGGCCUGAGAGUCCUAGUCGUACUGUAUCACGACCUGUCAGUAGGCGCGAGAUCGGAUCACAGAGAUCACGAUCAAACAGCAAGGUCAAUGGUCUUGGGCUGGGUAUUGUAGGCAACGGCGGUAUGGUCCGUGGCGCAAGCUUGACGAGCUUUGAGGAAGAACCCGAGCCUGAAGAGCAGAGCUAUGAUCUCUCAAAGGGGUUCGAAAAAAUCGGCUCAUUCCACCGCAGCAUGGCGCAAUCCCACGGCUUGGCUAGCAUCGGUAGCAUUGGUAGCCGCUCUACGGCUACACCCCCACCUUCGCAUCAAAUAGCUAGAACUAGCGUGCCUGCGAAUAUGUAGAAUAGCCGAUACGAUAUGGUCUUGCGCCAGACGGAUUUGGUUUGGGUUUUUGUUGGCUCAUCAUGGCCGUUUGCUAUUUGAUUACUCGCCAUUUGCAUUCUAUCCCAAGGCAAGGGAUCUUUUUUUUUCGUUUCUGUAAUAUGACACACCAAUGGGAGACGACAUCGCAGCGUUUCUGGGGUGAUGUCUGGAAAACUUUACGAUGCUAUGAUUUGCCGUCGCAUGGAUAUGAUGGAGGUAUAGGGAACGGUACGAUGGUAUCUUACUCUAGGCCGAAAAGAGAUUUUACAGCUUUGUCUACCUUUCUUUUCGUCAUGUAUGAUGAUUUAUUUAUUUAUUUUUCAAAUUGAAAAACGUCGUCCCGUAGCC